UUUAAAGCCAAAGCGCAUCGCGGGAGUGAGGAAGUGACAGGCUAGUGCAUAAGCGGUGAGCAGUUGCUAGUAUCCGGUUAGUCUGUUUUAAUGGCUAAAGUGGAAAUCGCCCCUUUGAGAGACUGGGAUGAUUUCUAUCCAGGCUCAGAGCGCUUCGCCAGACCAGACACGCGAGAUUUGGCGAAAUGGAACAACAGAGUGGUCAGCAACCUCCUGUAUUAUCAAACAAACUAUCUGGUGGUGGCAAUCGUUGUAUUCCUGAUUGUAGGGUUCAUGAACCCUGUGAGCAUGUUCACGGGUGCAGUAGUGAUCGCUUCUGUCUUCAUUGGUUCUGUAUGGGCAGGGGAGAACAAGGCAAUCAUCAAAAGAUUCAAGAAGGAGAACCCUGCCUUGUUUGUUUUCCUGGUGAUGGUCGUGAGCUACUUCCUCAUGUCACUCUUCGGUGGAGUUAUGGUAUUCCUGCUUGGAAUCAAGCUGCCACUUCUGUUGAUCUUUGCACAUGCAUCGCUUCGCUUACGGAACAUCAAAAACAAACUGGAGAAUAAGAUGGAGAGCGCUGGACUCAAGAAGUCACCCAUGGGGAUCAUACUUGAAGCAUUGGGUCAACAAGAAGAGAACUUCAGUAAAAUUCAAGACAUUCUGGAGAGCAAACUGAAGAAUGAACUCUGUCAAUAGUGCCUUUCUCACCAAUACAUGAAGGAACUGCUUUCAGCUGGCACAAUUUGUGAAAUCCACUCCGUUUCUUCCAACAUGUGUAUUUGGCAAAAAAGAAAAAAAAUAUAUAUAUUUUUUCUCUCCUCAGUGUUUUCUGUAAAGGGAUGAACAAAUUGUAUUAAAAAAAACGAGUGUUUAUAAUGUUUGUUUACAUCUCAGGUCAAAUGUAAGAGGAUGCAAUUCAAAUCGUCUUUCAAAGAUCUUUUCUUUCUAUGACCUGUUGGGUAAUGUGUCAUAUGUGUGCAUAAUGAGUUCUUUUCUUUCAAAAUACAUACAUUCUUACAUUAAGAAAAUUUAAAGUAUAACAUAAGAUAUCAUCUGGUUUAUAAGAUUUAACAUCUCCGAUUUUUCUGCAGUGUGAUGAUGGAACUGGAAUUCUACUAAUAAUGAGGUACAAUACUUGGUUGAAGAAUCGCUUCUGUUUGUUGUUUAUGUGAACUUUAUUAAACAUCAUAUUGCUGUUGCAACUGCUUUGUAAAAGCAAUUAGCAAUUUGAGUCCUGCACUACAAUGAUUUACCAUAGGAAAGGGAGUUAUAGACACUCCAGGUUUUUUGCAUCAUGCCUAAGAUCAUCCCUUACCUUUGGUAAAUUACUGUAAUGCACUGCAAUGUUUUAUUGUCACCUAUUAGGUAAAACAAGUCAUAUGUGAAUGUCCUGUGAUGCUAUACUCCUAAAUCUAUGCAAAAAGUGUUAAUAAAGUCACAUUUUGGUA